UUGUUAGAAAAUUUUGUAUUUAUUAAACGUAACACAAUUAAAAUCUUUAAACAUUCAUAAAAAUAGACGUUGACCUAUAUUCGAUUUCGAGCAAUUCGAUCUAACAUUAAAUGCGUAAAGUUAUACCGAUAUAAUGCAGUAAUACUUUUAUCGUUUUUCAUAAACUUUCGUGCGCGAAAAUAAAUUAAUUUUUAACGUGUUAUCUCUACAACGCAGCCUUUGCGGUCUAACGUUAACUCAUUUAAUGGAGAUGUAACGUAAAGAGUAGCCUCGCUGGAUUAAUGAAAUAUCUAAAAGAUUACAUAAAAUCUCAUUUUCCGCGCAAUUUUGGCAACGGAAUUUCCCUUUUAGUUAAACGAGCGCAUGCGGGAGUCAUCGACAGAUAUCGACGAUUUUGGAAACUGGAUGUGAGGCGAGACCUAUAUAGUCGUUACCUUGCGUUGUAAUUAAACCAGAGUCUAUAGGUACAAUGUAUGUAAAGUGGGUUAGCAGCGUCCGAUGCCGGUACCGUAGAUUAUUAUGUACCGUCCUGAUGGUACCACCCGCGGCACGUGGAACCCUAUGCUGCUGAUAUUAAUAUAAUGUUAAUAGCAGCCACUUGUUGUCUGAAAUAAAGUUUGGAAUGUUCGCCCCAUUUUAUGCCUAUGAAAUUCUUCGGCGCAAAAUUUUUCUCAAAUUCUUUGCAUUUUAACACGUUGCCAUGCGUUACCCGCAUAAGGGUGACAUACAUAUUUUGUCGAUCGUUACGUCACCUAUAUACGAGUGACAGUCUUAUUUACUCAAUCUUAUGAUAUCAUGUGAAAAAGAUAAAUGCUUAUUUGUUUAUUCAAACAUUUCCGCGCACGUUAAUAAAUUGUUAUUUAUAUAAUUAAUAUUAUUAAUAUUAUUAUAAAAUAUUAUUAUCAUUCAUAUAAUAUGUUUUAUUACAUACGUAGAAUUUAAAAAUAAUGUAGAAACAUGGCGUUGUUGUGAUCAUAACAGUUGUACAACAUAAGAAAGUAUUCUAUUUUUUCUAUUUCUAUUUAUAAUAAAUACAUAUAAAUUAUUAUUCACCUCGGAGUCUUAUAUGCAAAUUAAACAACUGCAAUAAUCAAUCUUUAAUAUGUUUGACUUUGGACUAGGUACUUUACAAAUAUUUAAAGAAAUGUAAUUUCAGUCACCGAACGCUUCGGUUUACUAAAUGAGACUGCACAAACCGAAUAUAUACAGUUAUUCAUGCGUGCACCUUCGACAAUACUCCCCUGUUUGCGGUAAUAUUUGCAUGGGUGUGCAAAUAUAAUAUCUAAAAUCUCAAUAGUUAUCGUACAAAUUGUUUUAACCGCGGCUCGAUUCGAUGAAGUCACAUAAAGCGAUAAACAAUACACAAAAUUGAAACGAUCAUUAAUCUGGCCAAUGUUGCCAUUCGAGCUUUGCUCUCAAAUUACAUUGUCAAUAAAGGUGAUAUCUCGAAAUAGAAUCUGUAAAUGAAAGAGAGCACGCAAGUACUAAUGUAAUGCGAGUGGCCGGUGAGAAAAUUCUUCAAGAAAACUCAAGUCUUCAGAUUUGAAAAUGAAGCAGUGUUGCGAGCGAAGUAUACCCGCUACAAUAGCUUGAUUUGCGGCGGAGCUCUUGUAGAUUGUGGUCAUCCCUCAAAUUAACACAGCACCAUACCCCGAACCGCCGUCAAUCAAACUUAGGGGUUUCCCCUUGCAUUCCCGACCCGGUCUUCAGCAACGCGCGCGCGCUCCGUCAGUCACUCCGCUGCUAUGGAGCUUCUGUCGUUGAACUCGCACCACUCCAAACAAAGCAAAUGAAAUUAAGCGCUAAUUACUGUACCAACGCGACACUACCUUCCAGCUGCUAGCAGGAUGCACGUAGAGAUAUACGCGUUUCAUUAUGCUAAGUGGCGCUGGUGCGUCUAAGAUACACAGCAACAUGGCGAGAUUAAUCUUGUAUUAUUCAAACAAAAUAGCUACGAAAAUUUUAUUUACUGCUUUUAUAAAAGUACCGGCACGUUGGGAAAAUUAUUAGUCAUUCUAGUUAAUUAUUAUUCUGUCAUUCUGGUGCUAAUACAAGUGAUAAUAUUCAUUUACCGUUGCUAAUAGAAGCUUUUUUGAAUGGUUUAUAAAAUCACUCCAAAACGUUCAAUUUUAUCUUGUUUAGAAUAUUCUAUCAAAAAAUAAUGUAUCAGAACAAUAAAAUUGUUAUCAAUAGGAUCAAUGGUAUCAUACAAAAUCUUUGAUUAAUUAGUGGGUAAAACUGCAUAGAUGGUUACACCUCGAAGAUCUUUUUCAUUUUGACAUAUAUUAUGAAGGGUGAACUUCUGAAUAAUUUUUACUUAACAACUAUGUGGCGGUCAUGUAUAGUUUCUGAGAUAUAUCAUAAAUAAUAUUAAGGAAAUUAUACAGAUUAAAAGAGCUAGAUUCGAUUACCUUAACAUAUAUUAUAGAGGUCAUCCCCCCGAGUAAUCUGUACAAGGUUUCAGCGUUCACAGUCACCAUCGUUGUCAAUAAUUGCCUGACAUCGUCGAGGCUACUACUUUCCACUAACUUGGCAAUGUAUUCUUGCGAUAAAUAUCUCCGAUAAAAUAUCAGAUGAAUAUGUAAUGCUAAGUAAUUGCUUAGCAUUAUGUACAUUUUUCCCCAAAGUUUGUGCUUUAUGUAUGCUUAAACGUUUUCGAUUCGAUUAGCAUUUGCUUAGCGACUAUGAUUGUCAUGAAACACGGUUUCGCAAUGCGUAUGCAGCAUUCAUGGAGACAUUAGUCUUUCGAUCAUAAAGCUCGAACGAUAAUUGACGCUUGCUCUACAAAGCAUCAUAGGCAAAGGUUCCGUUAACAUUUACCGGCUUAAAGGUUUCCAUGUAAAUAUUUCGCCAGACACCCUCUUAUCAAACAGAUUGUAUAUUCCUCCCACAUUUUAAGUGUUUUUAAUAACGAACAUAUGUUACAACACAUAUUAUUAUUAAAUAUUAAAAUCAUUAAACAUGAAACAUUAAAAAACGACUAUAUAUUGCAAUUCAAUAAAUACGUAUUUUUCAAAAAAGUUUAGGAUGCAAUUCAACAUUCGUUUCAAACAUAAUAAGUAGAUAAUGAUACAUGAUAUGUUAUAUAAUUACCAUCGUAUUAAAUCUGACGUGGAUGUACGAUCAACCACUCUCCUUUUAAGAAGCAUGUAUACUUCACGAAUGCCUGGACUAAACUGAAUGUAAAGACUGUUUGGAAAAAUCAAUCGCGCUUGCGCAAACUUCGGUCAAGAUAUCAUGACAUGACUAUUUUUCUGUGAGAAAUAAAAUUCCUUUGUACUUUCGUUACGCCAAAUCGAUCGGUUAAUCGCCCACUUUUUUCUCCCGCGCAAAUUGCGAGAAAAUUAUUUCUAUAGCACCUUAUAUUACAUCUUGAUAUUUUAUGUUACUUUCGUCGAUACAUUUAUGUUAAAUUAAGGAAUUUUGCCUUGGAAAAUAUGCUAGAAGAAAAAAAUUAUAUAAUAUUCUUUAUUCGAAAAAGAAAAUAUGUAAAAUCGCUUUUUCGCGAUAUAUCGCUGUCAAAUGUGUAUGGGUGCUCGAAGAAGAGUGACUUAUAUGGAUACUCAAUUUCUUUACCUUCAUCGAAUGUCUCUGGUCGCAAUCGGGUUAUGGCCUUACCAUCGAACAAUGCUUGUUCAACUUCAGUUUUAUGUGUUUUCUCUUACUAUGAUUAGCUCUAUUAUAUUUCAGCUUACAACAAUUCUAACUACAGAAUGGACUAUUGACUUUACCGUUGAAAUUCUUUCUACAUCACUUUUUCAUGUUAUGUGCUUAAUUAUGUAUCAUUCUUUUUGGAUUAACACGCAAGUUAUAAAGCGCCUAUUGAAAAAUCUUCAGUACAUCUGUAGCGAGUUAAAGGACGAAAACGAAAUUAUUAUAAUAAAAAGAUAUGGAUACAUUGCAAAAUGGUUAGCAAUUGUAUUCACAUUGUCGAUGAUGGGCGGUUUAUUCGUUGUAACUCUUUUGCCAAUUCUGCCGCGGAUUUUCGGUAUCUUUUUCCUCAUAAAUGACUCCAUGCCAUAUCGCAAUAUAUACAUCAGACAUGAAUAUUUUGUCGAUGAAGAACAAUAUUUUUAUUUUAUUUUGCUUCAUCUGUACGUAUCCCAGUUUGCAGCAGGAGGUACAUUAUUAGGAGGAGCAAUAGUGAUGACGGGAUACGUUACAUACUUUUGUGGAUUAUUUAACAUUGCCAGUUACCGUAUCGAAAAGGCAAUGCGAAUAAAUAGUGACGAAGUAAGUAAUGGAAAGAACAAGAGAGAGAUUGACAAGAAGAUAAGUCAUGCAGUGGACAUUCAUCGCACAGCUCUUGAGUGUACUGAAUUCUGUCUAUAUAACUUUGAGGGAGCACUUUGUCUUAUAAUAGCGAUUAUUGUAAUUUGUUUGAGCCUUCAUCUGUUUGGAAUCUUUUACGCCGUUGGUUUUGUAUUUAGGAUUGAAACUUUUGUAUUACACUGUGGUUUUUUGGUUGGCAUUUUAACAUGUUCAUUGGGACUCAACUGUGUGGGUCAAGCAAUUACAGAUCACUAUAAUUACAUAUUUUCAUCCGCAUAUAAUCUUCGAUGGUAUAUUGCAUCUGUACGCGUGCAAAGAUUAAUAUUGAUUCUCUUGCAAACAGGCACUAAGCCUUACAGCGUGAAAUUCAGUGGUUUUUAUACAAUAUCUUUAGAAAGCUUUGCUUCGCUGUCAACUGCAUCAAUAUCGUAUUUCACUGUUUUAUAUUCUAUACAGAAGUGAUAUUAACAUGUCUCAAUAUUAUGUUAAGACCACAUGGUAAAUUCGAAGAUAAGUAACUUUCCGUUCUUAAAAGUUUCAAUGUUAAAUACUUGGUGUCUCAAAGUGUCUCGAAGAAAUGAAUAAAAAGAAUUAAACAUC